CCUUUAAAUACCAGCCCUGGAGCCUGCACAGCACCCGUUCCUCGACUGGAGCCCAGGGCCACAUCGAUGAAAACAAAGACAAGCUCCAGCGCUCCAGCCAUGUCCACGUCGCUGCGAGUGAGCCCCUCGGUGCACGGCUACCGCUUCGACACGGCCCUGCGCAAGAAAGCCGCGGCCAACAUCUUCGAAAGCAUCAACGAGGCGUCCCUGCAGAAACUCUUCAAAAACUCCGGAGACAAGAAGGCGGAUGAGAGAGCCAAGAUAAUCCUCGCCACCGACCAGGACAUGGAGGAAAAAACGAGAGCACUAAUGGCACUAAAGCAGAGGAGAAAAGACAAACUGCUCCAGUUCCUGACAUUUCGGAAAUACUCCAUUAAAGUUCACUGAACUGGCGGAGGGAGCCGAAAUGGAGAACAUUUUGUGACGGGACAGUUUGUGACCUCCUAGCACGCUCGGCGUGCUCCGCUGCCCCGUGGGGACCUGGCAGUCCCGGCACAGGGCUCCAGCCCCGCCGCAGACUGCGAGCUGGCGUCGCUGUGGGCAGCAGCACCGGUGCCCACGGCACAAGGGUGCCCGCGGCACAUCGCUGUGGUCGGCGCUCUGGUGGCCAGAGGCUCGCAGAGAGAGAGCAGCUCCCUGCGGGAGGCGGACGAGCUCCUCCGGGACCGGGCUGGGGGAGACCCACACGCCCGGCUGGGACUCGGGACCCUCUGAUGGACUUGGUGCUCACGGACUUGACCCUUUGGUCAAGGGUGCUUCGCCUUUCCAGCCUCGUUUCCGAGCCCGUGCAGAGCUGCGGCUGGCGGGAGGCUCUGCAGAGCGAGCAGCUGCUGCUCACGGUCACUUUGCGUUUGUUAAAUGCACCCAAAGGCACCGUGUGGUGCAGAAACUGCAGCCGUCCAGGAACGCAUUUGCUCCAGAGACACUCUGCACAACUGUUCCUUUCCUUCCCAAGCUGUUUGUGUGCAGUAAAAGUCGUUUGCACAGAAGAAAUAAUAAUGACAGGUUUCCCUGAAUUUACUGUGAAGUUCCCUAAUAUUGUGUUCACUUACCACUAAUACUAAGAAUCUAAAUAUAAUAACUACGGUUCUUCUCUGUGUAGGUUACAGUCACUAUUAGAUGAGUAUUUACUUCAUGGCAAUAUUUUAUGACAAUGUCAUUAUUAUAUCGACUAUAAUUUAUUGCAUACAGUGAUGUGAAAACUAAUAAAUUAUGAAGUAAAUAUAAAUUACCUUGUCUGAA